UCACGCACAGUCACUGCAGCCUGCGUCUGGGCCUGUGUGGGUGGUGCAGCCUCUCUUCACUCACUAAGAACUGAUUCUUUCAAAGCAUGUAUUUUCUGAAGAAACUUUAGGACCCCAUUCAUUUCAGAAGAACUAAAGAAAACAAAUAGAUUGAUGCUCACAGCUUCCUGGGCGCUUUCUCACGGGUAAAGCCAUGGCGUCAGUACCUUCCAUUGGCUGUCUUCUAGCCAGAAAUCAGUAUUAUCGAAAGUCCAGUAUCUCUUCAGUCAGUUCUUUAACGGGCUCUGAUUCUAUGAACUUCAUAGAUGAUGACAAAUCACAUCAAGGGUUGCCUGAAGUGGCAGAAUCCACCUGGUGGUUUAAAUCCUUUUUCCAUUCUGAACCUGUGCUUUCAAAUGUGAGAGUAAAAGAUCUGUCUGCUUUGGCACCAGCGGCUGAUUCUGACAGUCAAGAUCCUCUGCCUGCUGCAGACGUCCAUACGUGAAUGGCUCCCCUUCAGCGCCCACCUACUACAGGACCGUUCUCCAUUGUAAGAAGACAAAAAUGUGCCCGAGAUCUCACUUACGAGGCAAGAUCAUAGCAGCCACUGAUACAGCAGAAGUUUAGGCAUUUUUCUCAACACAAAGAUUAUCACUGCAAAUGGUACUUACCACCCGGUGCAUAUUUGAAAAGUGUGCCUUUAGAAACAAGACACCAUUUUAAAGUACUAUAACUUGAAAUGUUGUGAUUUAUAGAAAGUAGCUCUUUCAUUAAGCAUAUCAUUUUUAUUUAAAAAAUUUGUUAGAUUCUUUUUAUGUCUGUUGAGUGACUUAUUUAUUAUGCCUUAAAACUGAUGCAUCAGUGUUUCACAUACUGGUUUAAAGGGCAUUGAAUGUGGAAGUUUAGAAAAGAUUUGUCAAAAUUCUGUUUUUAAAAAGUAAUAAAGUUUGGAAAUAGUAUAUGUGUUCUUAAGUACAUUACCUGCUAAAUAUAUUGCCACAUAGGUAACCAUCUGGUCAUUGUAUAGACUUUAAAAUUCAUGAUUUUAAAAAAUAUUUAAUAACAUGGAAAAUAAUAAUAUAAUAUUGUAUUAAAAUUAGUAUAAUAUACCAUAUUUGGUAUGAUUUUAGUUGUAUUUAAAAGUUGCAUGUACAUAAAGAUAGGCUGGAAGGAAUUAUACCAAAAUGCUGAAGGGGCUAUUUCUGGAGAUGGGGUUAUAUGCAUUUUUCAUUCUCUUUUUAAUAUAUUUUUCUAUGCCACCAAAUUUUUCUGAUAUGACAAGUAUUUUGUAUAAUUAGAAAAUAAUAAAUGUUAAUAUAAAAAGGAACACUGGAAUA